AUGGACGAAGGUGUUGCGGUGGUUCCGCGCGGCGACUCAUCGCAGGCAGACAAAGAAGAGACGUUCGCAGAACUAAACGACGAAGAGCACGAAGUAAGCCUCUUUACCGAAGGCCUGGACUACCUGCUGCCGCUCAACUUGGUCAGAAGCCCCCAAGCACCGACGAACUUUCCAUUGCGCCCACAUGGACCCCUACCCACCAACCUGCCAGAGAACUUGGUCAGUGACAGGCUACAGCACAUCCACCCCCACGAACGAGACGUACACCUACGCCUCGACAACUCCACGCACACCUACUUCUGGCAAAACAAACGAGUGAUGAUAUCGGUAACGCAGAUUAUCCACAAGUAUGCGGACAAGUUCGAUCCGGACCAGACGCUGAAAAACAUGUCAGAAGGAAGGCACUGGCCGCGGGCCGGGUAUCUCAAAACCGACAUCUCACCGGACAUGGAACGCAAGAUCAACCAGCUGCGCGCAGGCCCCCGCAUCCUGGCCAUGCUCCAACAAAAGAAAGCCAACGAUGAAGAGCUGAACCAGCAUCUACGCAUGGCGCUGCAGCAAGCGAACCCCACGGAAGCAGCGACUCUCCGAGGCCUCGCAAUGUCGAGCAGCGACGUGAAAAGAAAGUGGGAGACCGCCCGAGACGAGGCGUCGCACGAAGGGACAUGGAUGCACGCCCAGUUCGAGUGCCUCCUGAACGGAGGAACUGUUCCGGCCAUGACACCAGAGAUAAGCCCGCUAUGCAAGUUCCUCGAAAGACUGCAUCAUGCCACGAUCUACAGGACAGAGUGGAAGAUCUACGCCGACGACAUCGACGUGGCCGGCAGCAUCGAUUGUGUCUUACAGAGAGCGAACGGUAGCCUGGAGCGCGUGGACUGGAAACGAAGCAGCAAAAUAGCAAGCCGCGGAGAGCACUUCGGCCGCUUCAUGAAGCCACCUCUCGACCACUUGGCGGACAGCACCCUCUCCCACUAG